GUGUCUCAGAUGAAUCAGUUUGACAACCUGUUGGCGCAUAUUUCUGAGCUCGAGAACGCAAAUCGUGAAUCUGAACGGAAGUACUUGACACUGUCUCAGCGAUUUAAUGCGUGUGAAGCUGAAUUGCAAAAGUACAGAGAGAAGCUGUUGGAAUGUGAAGAGAAGGAGGCGGGACUCCGAGAGCAGGUUUCUUCCCUGCGUGUGGAGAAAGAAACUGAACACAAACUUUCCCAGCGUCUCAAGGAACAGAAUGCGCAGCUCAAAUGUAGCGUAUCGGAUCAGAUGAGAGUUAUAGAGGAAGAGAAGAAACAAAUGGUAUUGACGAGGGAGAAUUACAUUGAUGGCUUGAAAAAGAAUAAUGCGAGAGUUCAGGAAGCCGUGAACGAUUUGAAAGACAGGAUAAGAAAGUACGAAUUGGCGUGUCAGGCGCUGCUUCCGUUGGAUUCGCACGUGAAUCCUUUGAAUAUGGAUGCAGAGAGCUUGGAAUCGGUUGUAUCCGCGAGCGCCUUACAAGAGAAUUACAAGCAUUUGAACGAAGAAUUGAAAAAAAAUUUUGAAAAGGAAAAAUCUAAAUUGGAGAGUGAUUUGAAUCGUGCAUUGAAGGAGUAUCGCGCGCUUGAUCACUAUAACAAACAAAUCCAAAUACAACUGGACCAAAUAAGAAGUUGCUAUUCGGAUUUUGAGGCAUUCAUAAGGGGAUACAAAUGCGCUUGUGGAAAAAGUAUCGAACUCGGUCAAGAGUUUUUGAUGCCUUCUAACAUGCAGACUGCAUUUUCGAAAGGUUUGAGUGAGGAAGUGUCUGAUCUAAUUGUUAAUGCGAUUGUAUAA